UGCAUUAUGUUGAAUAAUAAUCAGUGUAUGACAGCAGCACUAGAUAUAAUGUGUGUGUUGUGUUCAGAUCUUCAGGUGGAGUCUCCUGAGAGAGUGACAGAGGGAGAUUCAGUCCGUCUGACAUGUAAAAGCAGCUGCGCUCUGACUGACGGAGCAACAUUCAUCUGGUACAGAAACUCACAGCCAUUAACUGAGAGAAGAGACAGAAACAAUCAACUCCUGCUGCAGUCAGUCAGAAGAGAGGAUGCAGGCAGAUAUAGCUGUGCUCUACAUGGACACAUUUACAUCUCUCCUGCUGUUCAGCUCAGUGUCACGUACCCACCAAAGUGUGUCUCAGUGUCCAUCAGUCCAUCUGGUGAAAUAGUGGAGGGAGAUUCAGUGACUCUGAGCUGCAGCAGUGAUUCAAACCCAGCUGCAGAAAUCAGCUGGUUUAAAGGAGGAACGUCUAUAGGAUCUGGAAGAAUCUACAGCAUCUCAAAGAUCAGAUCUGAUCACAGUGGAGAAUACAAGUGCAUCGAUGAACAUGGAGAGAAAUACUCUGAUGCUGUGACUUUAAACGUCAUGUACCCACCCAGGAACGUCUCAGUGUCCAUCGUUCAGUCAGGUCAGUUCUGGGAAGGUGAUUCAGUGACUCUGAUCUGCAGCAGUGAUUCAAACCCACCUGCAGAAAUCAGCUGGUUUAAGGAGAAUCAAAGCUCAGCUGUUGGAUCUGGACAGAGUUUCAGUGCACUACAGAGUGGACGCUUCUACUGUGAGGCUCACAAUCAACAUGGAUCUCAGAGAUCAGAUGCUGUUACUGUCACUGUUAAAGGACAUCUUCUGAUAUUGUACAUAUCCAUUGGAGUGUUUUGUGGAGCUGCGGUUAUCACCACGAUGUUGCUGAUUUGGUCAGUAUUUGAUUGCAGGUACUUAACGUCGUUUAUAACCUUUAAUAAGAAUAAUAAAGAAAACAUUUAGUUGUCAGGAUAACUUUCUAACUAUUGAUAUUAAGAUUUUCAUCUUAGACAUAAAAUGAGAAUAAUGCUCCACAAGGUUGACCAAUAAAAUAUUAUCCCAUAGUAGAAAUGCAUCAGAGUCCAAUAUUGUUUUAAUACAACAUAUUAAUUAUAUACUAUUUCAUGUAACAUAUUCAUUGUUUUUAAUGAGAAGCAGGAUGAAAAAGAGAAAAGACACACUCAAAACUCAGAUGAAUUAUUCCAGACCUGUUCAUGACAGAUAUACAGCAGCUGAUGUGAAGUCGACUGAACGUUUGUAUGAGAAUGUAACGAUGAAACAUUCCAGACCAAAUGAUGACACCCCUGAAGCUUGUGAUGUUGAGAUGGAUGAAUAUGUUUAUGAGAAUAUAACGGUAAGUGUUCUCACUCUUGAUACCAAAUGUUUACUGACAAAAUACACACAAUAUAAUUCAGUGUUUAUGAUCAAUUAAUUAAAGUCCUUUUUUACGACCAGAAAUUUUAAGUGUAUUAGUUAUUCAUGCAUUAAUUCACUUUCUUUCUUUCAGUGUGACAGGCCGUAGUGUUUGGGACACGUGGUAAAACAUUUUACAGCUUUUUCUGUCUCCCUGUGGGUGGAGCCCUGAAUGAUUGACAGUAGUGUCUUGAUUUACAUUAAAGGGUUAGUUCACCCAAAAAUGAAAAUUACCCCAUGAUUUACUCACCCUCAAGCCA